AUUUCCGUUUAAAUAUCCCAUGCAUAUAUUCCCAGAUAAGAACACAUCUUCGGAUUGAGGCUUGAGAUUCUCAGAUUUUAAACGAAAAACCAAGAAAAUGGAGGGCAUAACUGAGGGAGUUAACAAUAUCAGCAUUUCAUCUGAAUCGCAAAAGAAGAACAGAAUCCAAGUCUCCAACACCAAGAAAUCCCUCUUCUUCUAUGUCAAUCUCUCCAAGAGGUACAUGCAGCAAUACAAUGAAGUGGAACUCUGUGGUCUUGGCAUGGCUAUUUCCACAGUGGUCAGUAUCGCUGAAAUUUUGAAAAACAAUGGAUUUGCAGUUGAAAAAAAAAUCAGGACAUUGACUGUUGACAUGAGGGAUGAACCAGGAGCACGGCCAAUCCCCAAGGCAAAGAUUGAGAUAUUAUUAGGGAAAACACAGAACUUUGAUGAAUUGAUGGCCGCGGAAGCAGAGGAAAGAGAAUAUGGAGGCGAAGAACAGAAUUGACAUGGAUACUCCUAAAGUCCAAGGCCCGUCACCUUUUAUCUGUCUGAAUAGAGUACUAGUGUCUAGUAGUUAUGCAAAGAACUUAUUGGAUUUGUUUUACUUUCGAUGGUGAAUGGGGUUUAUUAUGUCCGUGCAGUGCUGAUGUUUCUAGAUCGGUUCAGUAAAGAACAAUCCUUCUAGACCAUAAUUCUUCUACUUUGGGCAAGUUCAUAUGUUUACACCAUUGCUUGAUUAUGAAGUGCAUCUUGGAAU